AUGUAUUCGGCCAACCACUGGGGCGGCUCGUUCGAGAUCGCCGAUGGCGCGGCGGAGGACGACCACAGCCGCAACAUGGACCUGGACCGCGGCGCGCUGUCGGCGCGGCAGCACCACGAGCUGGACGAGACACAGCAGAGCUGGCUGCUGGGCCCGCCGGAGGCCAAGAAGAAGGACAAGUACGUGGACCUCGGAUGCAUCGUCGUCAAGCGCAAGGUCCUGUGGUGGGCCUUGUGGUGCGUCGUCGCCGCUUUCGUCCUCAUCGGCCUCCCCAUCAUCAUCGCCAAGUCCAUCCCACACAAGAAGCCCGGCCCGCCGCCGCCCGAUCAGUACACAGAGGCGCUGCACAAGGCGCUCCUCUUCUUCAACGCCCAGAAAUCCGGCCACCUUCCCAAGAACAUUGGCAUCAAGUGGCGCGGGAACUCUGGGCUGUCAGACGGUUCCGACGCCAAGGACGUCAAGGGUGGCCUCGUCGGCGGCUACUACGACGCUGGCGACAACAUCAAGUUCCACUUCCCGAUGGCCUUCUCCAUGACGCUGCUGAGCUGGUCGGUGAUCGAGUACAGCGCCAAGUACAAGGCCAUGGGGGAGUAUGACCAUGUCAGGGAGCUCAUCAAGUGGGGCACCGACUAUCUGCUACUCACCUUCAACUCCUCUGCUUCCACCAUCGACAAGUUAUACGCUCAGGUGGGUAGUGCAAAGAUCAACGGCAGCCGGCCGGACGACCAUUACUGCUGGAACCGGCCGGAGGACAUGGCGUACCCUCGGCCUUCACUGUCGGUGAGCUCCGCCCCGGAUCUGGGUGGCGAGGUCGCCGCGGCCCUGGCGGCCGCCUCCAUCGUGUUCCGCGACAACGCCGCCUACUCCAAGAAGCUGAGCCAGGGCGCGGCCACCGUGUACAAGUUCGCGCGGCAGUCGGGGCGGCGCACCCCGUACUCGCUCCGGCAGCCGGACAUCGAGUACUACUACAACUCCACCAGCUACUGGGACGAGUACAUGUGGAGCGCGGCGUGGAUGUACUACGCGACGGGCAACAACAGCUACAUCACCUUCGCCACCGACCCGCGGCUGCCCAAGAACGCCAAGGCCUUCUUCAACAUCCUCGACUUCUCGGUGUUCAGCUGGGACAACAAGCUCCCGGGCGCCCAGCUGCUGCUGUCGCGGCUGCGCAUGUUCCUCAACCCCGGGUACCCGUACGAGGAGUCGCUCAUCGGCUACCACAACGCCACCAGCCUCAACAUGUGCAUGUACUUCCCGCGCUUCGGCUCCUUCAACUUCACCAAGGGCGGGAUGGCGCUCUUCAACCAUGGCAAGGGGCAGCCGCUGCAGUACGUCGUCGCCAACUCCUUCAUCGCCGCGCUCUACGCCGACUACAUGGAGGCCGUCAACAUCAACUACAUUCUUGGUGACAACCCCAAGAAGAUGAGCUACGUGGUUGGGUUCGGCAAAAAGUACCCGCGGCACCUGCACCACCGUGGCGCGUCCACGCCGCACAACGGCGUCAAGUAUUCGUGCACCGGCGGCUACAAGUGGCGAGACUCCAAGAAGGCGGACCCGAACCUCCUGACGGGCGCCAUGGUCGGCGGGCCUGACAGGAACGACGGCUUCAAGGACUCGCGCAACACCUUCGGGCAGAACGAGCCGACGCUUGUGGGCAACGCCGGCCUCGUGGCGGCCCUGGUGGCUCUCACCAACAGCGGCAGGGGAGUCGGCGUCACCACCGUCGAUAAGAACACCAUGUUCUCCGCCGUGCCGCCAAUGUUCCCCGCCGCUCCGCCGCCGCCGUCGUCAUGGAAGCCGUGA